CUUUAGUUGCUAGCCCAGAGUCGACCCAGAAGUUGAAGCAACGUUUUUAUUUUAGCUUGGCAUCGAUCAACAAUUCAAUUGACCAUUGAAUUUUGAUACGAUCGGAUUCACACAAGGAUUAUACACAACACAACGCCGUCGCAGUGUCGCACGUCGGGAUAAUAACCUAAAACUUUAACACUAAAGGAAUACCAGCUGCCAUCUGUUGCAGUUUUAAAGUGCUCACCAUGAGAAGUGCACUUUUUGUCUUAGCACUUUGCGUUGCGGCAGUUGCCACCGCAUCCGCUGAUGCCAUCCAUGAGCGGAAGAUUCGUGCGGCCGAGGGUUACUUCUACCCCCCUCCAGAUGUACCAUUCGAGUUGCCAACCAAGCGCACCACCCUGCCGCCAACGACCAGGGCGCCAACGACCAGGCCGCCUCCUACCUACUUGCCGCCUACCAACAAGCCACAGCCACCUGUGACGACACGCAGGACGACUCUGCCACCACCACCACCAACGACUCGUCGCCCAACUCCACCACCGACCAGGGCUACGCCACCACCAACGAGGGCAACUCGUCCACCCACUCCACCACCAACUUACUUGCCCCCUACCAACAAGCCUCAGCCACCAGUGACCACGACUCGUCGUCCAAAUCCACCACCCACAACCAGGGCUACCACCAGGGCUACUCCUCGCACCACUCCGGCGCCAACUUACUUGCCACCCACCAACAAGCCUCAGCCACCAGUGAUCAUCACGACUCGUCGCCCAGCGCCACCACCAACGACCAGGGCUACCACCAGGGCUACAACUCGGGCAACUACCAGGGCUCCACCACGUACCACUCCUGCUCCAACUUAUCUGCCGCCUACCAACAAGCCCCAGCCACCAGUGAUCAUCACAACUCGUCGUCCAACUCCACCACCAACUAGGGCUACUCCACCACCAACCAGGGCUACACCCCCACCAACCAGGGCUACUCGUCCACCAACUCCACCACCAACCUACUUGCCCCCUACCAACAAGCCUCAGCCACCAGUCAUCAUUACUACUCGUCCACCUCCACCACCAACAACCAGGGCUACCACCAGGGCUCCACCACGUACGACUCCCCGUCCAACGAGCACUCCAGCACCUACCUACUUGCCACCUACCAACAAGCCACAGCCUCCUGUGACCACUCGUAGAACGACAGUGCCACCACCACCACCAACGACUCGUCGCCCAACUCCACCACCAACCAGGGCUACCCCACCACCAACCAGGGCUACUCGUCCACCAACUCUACCACCAACUUACUUGCCCCCUACCAACAAGCCUCAGCCACCAGUGACCACGACUCGUCGUCCAACUCCACCACCCACAACCAGGGCUACCACUAGGGCUACUCCACGCACCACUCCUGCUCCAACCUAUCUGCCACCCACCAACAAGCCCCAGCCACCAGUGAUCAUCACUACUCGUCGUCCAACUCCACCACCGACCAGGGCUACUCCACCACCAACCCGGGCUACACCUCCACCAACCAGGGCUACUCGUCCACCAACUCCACCACCAACUUACUUGCCCCCUACCAACAAGCCUCAGCCACCAGUGACCACGACUCGUCGUCCACCUCCACCACCAACAACCAGGGCUACCACCAGGGCUCCACCACGUACUACUCCCGCCCCUCCUCGCCCGACUAGCACACCCGCCCCCACUUAUCUGCCCCCAACCAACAAGCCACAGCCUCCAGUGAUCAUCACUACUCGUCGCCCAACUCCUCCACCAACCAGGGCUACCCCACCACCAACUAGGGCUACACCUCCACCAACCAGGGCUACUCGUCCACCCACUCCACCACCAACUUACUUGCCCCCUACCAACAAGCCUCAGCCACCAGUAACCACGACUCGUCGUCCUCCACCACCACCCACAACCAGGGCUACUCCUCGCACCACUCGUGCCACCACCCCUGCUCCAACUUAUCUGCCACCCACCAACAAGCCACAGCCACCAGUGGUCAUCACUACUCGUCGGCCAACUCCUCCACCAACCAGGGCUACUCCACCACCAACUAGGGCUACCCCACCACCAACCAGGGCUACUCGUCCACCCACUCCACCACCAACUUAUCUGCCACCCACAAACAAGCCACAGCCCCCAGUGACAACCACCCGCAGACCAGCACCACCACCAACUUACACGACUGCUCGUCCCACUUUCCGUACCACCCCGGCUCCUACUUACUUGCCACCCACCAACAAGCCCCAGCCACCAGUGGUCAUCACGACUCGUCGUCCCCCACCACCACCACCAACCACUCGUCGUCCUCUGCCACCACCACCACCAACGACUCAGCGUCCAGUUCCCACAUACUUGCCCCCUACAAACAAGCCACAGCCCCCAGUGACUCGUGCCACAACCACGACUCGUCGCCCAACAGCACCACCAACCACUCGUCGUCCUCCUCCACCACCACCAACGACUCAGCGUCCAGUCCCCACUUAUCUGCCACCCACAAAUAAGCCACAGCCCCCAGUGACUCGUGCCACAACCACGACUCGUCGUCCCACGCCACCACCCACCACUCGUGCCACGGUGCCAACCACUCGCAGGACCACUCCCUACGUGCCACCACCAACCAGGGCUAGCGUUCCACCACAAACGACCAAACAUCAGGGCUACCAAUACCCCAGGCCCAGCAUUCCCUUUGACUUCUAAGCACCCGGAUACCGGUUAAUCGGUUAACUAGCCAGUUAUCAGUUAUCGAGGUCGAUCAGCGAUCGGGUGACAUUUCAUUUCAUUUUAAUUGAAAUAUUAUUGUCGAUGAGGGGAUGCAAUAACUGAUGCUCUUUUUAUUAAAUAACAAAAGUAUAUCUAGCAAUGCAAUGCCAACCAUAUUUCUAGGGCUAGAUACAUCUAGUCAAUACAGUCAAAAAACAAAAAAAGAAAAGAAAAUGAAAGAUUUUUAAAGCGUUUGAUGAGGGUGCUCAACUCAAAGAUCCAAGAACCAACCAUCGAAACGAAUCAACUGAAGCGUCAGCAAGAAUCAAAACUCGUUUUGUUUAUUUUUUAUUAAUUAAUGAAUCGCAUACUCAUACAAUUAGGGAUCUAUGUAUCAACUUUUGUAAAUCUUAAAGUCUAUACUUUUACUUCCCUACCCCUACCCCUCCCCCUGGCUAAUUCACUGCCACUCCCCCCAACCCCCUCACAAUCUUGCUAUGUUUUAUUGUACGUUUCCAUGAUGAAAAACGCCUCAAGACUAUUUAGCUCUAUAUAUUGAAAUAAAAUGAAUAUCUUUUAUACAAAUUUCCAAAACCCCGAACAAUAAAUUAAGUUUAU